AUGGUUAAAUCCAAAUCACAAAUAUGGCAUUAUUACGAGGAGUCCUUAACAGAAACCAAGAAAACCUCUUGCGUUAAAUGUAAAUUUUGCAAAAAGGAAUACGCAAAAAAUGCCACACGAAUGAGGUCUCAUUUAGCACAUUGCGCUCAUGUACCGGAUUUGGUGAAAUCAAAAUUCAGAAAUCAUAAUCAUGAAUUGCCUCUACGGGUGGUGAAUGAGAAUCAUGCACCCAUUCAGUCAAAAUCAGAAAAUAAAAUUGAUACGGGUGCUGUUAAAAAUAAUUCCAUCAUAUCGGGUGAUUUGUUAAAUACUCCAAAAUCUUGCGCUUCUUUGGCCACGACUACGAACUGCAGCAGUUCCAACAAUACUAUGGCGACUUUUUUUGAUAAAAUGAAAGAGGAUGAGCAUAAUCAAUUACAGGUUUUAUUUGCCCGUACUAUAAGUAGCACUCCAUUUUCAAUUGUCAAAAAUAGGGAAUGGCAAACGUUUUUUGAAAAAAUCAGGCCAUCAUUUGUAUUGCCUACAAGAUAUUUACUCGCUAAUCGUUUAUUAAAUGAAGAAUUUGAUCGAGUACAAGUGCAAGUACAGGAAAAGUUGGGACAAUCGGAAAAUUUAUCGUUGCAAUGCGACGGGUGGUCUAAUUUGAGAAAUGAAAGCGUAAUAAAUUUUGUCGUAACAACGCCUAAUCCUCUAUUUGUUAAAACUGUUUUAACAAAAACUGAAAGACAUACUGCUGAUUAUUUAGAAAGCAUAAUUACAGACGUUUUAGAAGCAUAUGAUCCCAAAAAAUUCAUGGCAAUAGUUACUGACAAUGCCAAAAACAUGAUAAAAGCAACAAAACAGUGCGCAGCAAAAUAUCCCCACCUAAUUUCGUACGGUUGUUUGGCACAUACUUUACACCUUCUGUGUAACGAUGUAUUAAAAUUAGGAUCUGUUGACAAGCAAUUAUCCGAUAUUAAACAUAUAGUGAAGACCAUAAGCUCUAGUCAGCUAUUAUGUGCCAAAUUAACAGAGAUAAAAAAAGAAGUGAAAGUUACAGCUUCUCUAAGUUUACCGGUAAAAACUAGAUGGGGAUCUCAUGUUAAAUGCUUACAGGACUUAUUAAAAUGCAAGUUUGUUUUGCAAAGGCUAAGCAUUUGUGAAGAUCCAGUUAUCCAGGAAAAAAUGCGCUGUCUGAAAAUAAGCAUAUUAGAUGAAGAGUUUUGGAACAACACAGAUAUGCUUAUAAAACUUUUGAAACCAAUAACGCAAGCAAUAACCUACCUAGAAGGGGAUAGUCCUGCGAUUUAUUCGGUAUGUCAGACAUUUAAGGAUAUUGGGAUAAGUUUUUCUGCUAACUUAGAAUUUGCCAAUUUAACAGACAUUGAAAAAGAUCAAGCAAAACAAAAAUUUCUAGAUAGGAAGGAGUAUGCCAUAAAACCUAUACAUUUGGCAGCAGACUUAUUGAACCCUCGAUCGAUGGGUUCAAAUCUAUUACCAAAUCAAAGAAUAGCCGCCAUGAAAUUUAUAAGCGACUUGGCAAAAGAAAUGGAUUUAACAAGCACUACUAUGACAGACUUAGGUAACUAUUUGGCCUAA